AUGGCCGACUCCCGCCGUUCUCGCGUCUUCUUCGACAUUCAGAUCGGCAACCAGAAGCCCGGUCGCGUUGCUCUCGAAUUGUUCAACGAUGUCGUCCCCAAGACCGCGGAUAACUUCCGGGCGCUUUGCACCGGCGAAAAGGGCAUGGGCCAGCAGGGCAAGCCAUUGCACUUCAAGGGCUCCAUCUUCCACCGCGUCAUCAAGCAAUUCAUGAUCCAGGGUGGUGACUUCACCGCGUUCAACGGCACGGGCGGCGAAUCUAUCUACGGCGAGAAAUUCCCCGACGAGAACUUCGACCUCAAGCAUGACCGUCCCUUCCUCCUCUCCAUGGCCAACUCCGGCCCCGGCACCAACGGCAGCCAGUUCUUCAUCACCACCGUCCCCACCCCCCACCUCGACGGCAAGCACGUCGUGUUCGGCGAGGUCAUCAACGGCAAGAGCGUCGUCCGCAAGGUCGAGAACCUGGCCACCCAGGCCGACAAGCCCUCCACGGAUGUCACCAUCGUCGAGUGUGGCGAGCUGACCGGCGCCGACUACGACAACGCAGACAAGCAGAUCCCGGACGCGACGGGUGAUCCCUUCGAGGACUUCCCUGAUGACCACCAGGGCGAGGAGCUGAGUGCCCCCGUGUGCUUCAAGAUCGCGUCCGAGCUGAAGAACUUCGGAAACACUGCCUUCAAGAGCGGCAACCUCCCUCUCGGUCUGGACAAGUACCAGAAGGGUCUGCGCUACCUGAACGAGUUCCCGGAACCCGACGAGCAGGACCCCAAGGACCUGGACCCCCAGAUCAAGGCGCUCCGCUUCACCCUGCACUCGAAUUCCUCCCUCCUGGCCAACAAGCUCGGUCAGUACAAGAACGGGCAGACCUGGGCCACCUACGCGCUCGAGGUGGCCGCCGCCGCCAACGCUAAGGAUGCCGACAAGGCCAAGGCGUAUUACCGCCGCGCGGUGGCCUACAGCGGACUGAAGGAGGAGGACGAGGCCCUGAAGGAUCUGGAGGAGGCGUCCAAGCUGGCCCCGGGAGACGCCGGUAUCACCAACGAGGUUGCUCGGGUGAAGAAGGCCGUCAAGGACCGUGAGGCUAAAGAGCGGGCGACCGCGCAGCGGUUCUUCUCAUGA